AGACAAAUGCGUCACAUCCUGCCCCAGUGGGGGCUGUCAAACCUCGGGGUUGACGACAUGGAAACACGGGUUCAUUCGGAGUUUCUCUCUCGAUGCGAUUUCCCGCUUCCGAAUGAUUUCCUUUCGGUCCAGGCCGCUUCAGAAUAUUUAUACCGCCGUGCUGCUCGCUUCGUGUUGUGCUGCUGCCCAGCUAUGUCGACCCCUGACCACGACCUCGAGAAGGGACUUGCCCUCACACCGAUGAGCGAGUUCAGCUCUGGGUCGCAGAAGAGCGACGCUUCAACCGCGGCUUUGGUCCCCGUAUUAUCCAAGAAAAGUCCUCCUCCUCUUGCACUCCCGCACAGAACGAAGCGCAAAAUCAGUCGUAUGAUAAGAUUCAGCUUGUGGUUCAAUACCUAUAGGAAGCUUUUUACUUUCGUGGUCUCCGCAAAUCUUGUGGCAUUGAUCCUGGCGGCUAUCGGUACAUGGCAAUAUCCUCGAAGAUACUCCGGAGCUAUGGUGCUGGGCAACCUCCAAAUGGCCAUCUUGAUGCGAAAUGAGCUUUUCGGCCGUUUUCUGUAUCUGAUUGUCAACACUCUCUUUGCCAAGGCACGUCUGGCCACCGCUAUGGUUCCGUUUAGCUUGCACAUCGUUGCUCCAGCAUCUUGGUGGUAUUCAUUCUGGAUGCGCGAUCUCCGGAGCAGCUUGGCUCGUUUUUCGGAUUUUCCUCCUCUCCAUCGAUCUGCAAAAGUACCAUCCAUCAAUCUUAGCCACGGGAGGGGUAACAGCGCUCGCAAUUGGCGUCUCAAUCGCGUCCGCAUUCCCUUGGAUCCGGGAAGCCCACCACAAUUUGACCUCAACUUUUUGCCUAGCAUAUUCGAAGGGUACCAUCGCUUAGUCGGGUGGUUCGGACUGAUAUCCACUUGGAUCUUCGUCAUCCUCGGCGAUUCAUACGACAUCGCGACUCAUUCUUGGAAUCCCAGCGGCCUUCAUGAUAUUCGACAACAGGAUUUUUGGUUUGUUAUCGUCAUGACCAUAUUUACCCUUAUACCUUGGGUCACUCUUCGCAAGGUUCCUGUUGUUGUCGAGAUUCCAUCCCCCAAAGUGGCUAUAAUCCGCUUUGAACGAGGAAUGCAACAAGGUUUACUGGCCAGAAUUUCCCGAGGCGCUAUCCUCGAGUUCCAUGCGUUUGGAAUCAUCUCGAAAGGGCGACAAUCUGGGGAGCACUACCUCAUAUGUGGUGUUCAGGGCGAUUUUACUGCAAGGCUCGUACAAGAUCCGCCAACACACCUUUGGACACGACAAUUAAAGUUCGCGGGUGUCUCAAAUACUUCAACGCUUUACAAGCGGGGGAUACGAGUGUGCACGGGCACGGGGCUUGGCGCUGCACUCUCAACAUGUCUACAGGCAAGUAAUCCUAAUUGGCAUCUGAUUUGGAUGGGCUCCAGCCAGGAGCAGACAUUUGGGAAGACGAUCAGUGGACUAAUUCGAGAUAAUCUUCCGCCAGAGCAGUACACGCUUUGGGACUCGAAAGAGCGCGGAGGCAGACCGGAUGUCAUGGAGCUGAUCAAGACGACGUAUGUUUCUUGGGGAGCAGAAGUGGUUUUUAUCACGUCGAAUUUGGGAGGUAACACGGAGAUGAUGGAAGGAUGCAAGCAAGAAGGUAUACCAGCUUUCGGCACUCUCUGGGAUUUCUAA